AUGGCGGAUGGCCGCAGUUCUCGUUGGGAAAUGAUAAAGUUAUCUCGCUUGUUAUCGCAGUUUCGUUUCACAAGUAUUGAUGAAAUUACGUGCAAAUACGGUACGAUAAGAUACAAAAUGAGUGGAAGAACGCCAGACCCAGAGAAAGUUGAACUUCGCAAGAAGAUAGCUGACGAGAUCGCCAAAAUGUCACCGGAAGAAAAAAAGCGACAAUCAGACAUUGUCUUCAAAAAGAUAAUCAAUCAUCCGUUUUAUAAAUCCGCGAAUCGGAUUACGAUCUUCAUGAGUACAGAUGAUGAGGUGAACACAGCUCCGAUCAUAUCGCAUAUCAAGGCUCGUGGUGCUUCAGCUUUCGUGCCACAAUAUGCUGGAGGUAUCAUGAAGAUGUUGAAGCUGGAGGCCGGUGACGAAGAGUCGAUGCCUCUGACCAGACACGGGAUAGCUCAGCACUCGAAGGAUCAAAAGAGAGAGGAUGCUUUAGAGUCUGGGUUGGACCUAAUAAUAGCACCUGGUGUAGCGUUUUCGCGUGACGGUGGUCGCGUUGGUCACGGGGGAGGUUACUACGAUAGGUAUAUUGCAAAUCUGAGGUCAGAUCCUGAAACUGCCCCAAAGGUGGUAGCAGUUGCUUUCAACUGUCAAGUGGUUGACAGAGUACCUAUGAAUGAAUUGGAUCAAAAGAUAGACGAUGUAGUCUACGCGGGAAGCGAUUGA